CUCUCUCUCUCUCUCUCCUUCUUCUCUCUCCGCUGGGGUGUUUACUAUAGGUGAGGUGGCCGUAUAAAUUCCUGAGUGUGCGCACAUCGCAUCCUCAGAGGAGAAUGGAAAAGGAGGAGGUGGAGGAGGAGGUGUAAUAGGAAAGGAAAAAAAAAAACCAAGGGAGCUGUGUGCGUGUUUACUGUCCGCGGGAGAGAAGACUUCAACACGGUGCUACACGGCUGGAUGAAGGAGGAAGAGGAGGGUGUGGAUGCUGAUUUUGCCGACAACCCCAGAAAAGGAAUUGUCAUUAGGUGGCUGUUGUUAGAAUACACCAAAGUGGAAUAAGCUUUUUGAAUUCACCAGCGAUGGAUCUGCAUUGAGGCUCCCAGUUCUCUUGUUUCUUCGGAUGACCAUAGUCCCGUCAUGGCGCUCGUUCUUGAAUCUCGUGCCCCCUCUCCUUCCCUCUCUGCCUUCAACUCUCCCCUCUCUGAUCCUCCAUCCUUCCGGCGGCUCGAUGCGGAAACACCAUGCACCCCGGAAAUGGACCUGACCCCGACUCAGUGCGUCCUGCGCAACGUCCUCUCCAUGGACACCGGGGGCGAGGUGGAGCCUGGGGGCGGUGGAGGAGAGGGUCAGACUGUUGGCGGGCACAACCAGACACCGGGCGAUGAGCAACAGGAGCACUUUGCCAACAGUGUCCUGAAGCUCCAUGAGCAUGAUGGGUGUCCAGGGAGGACAGAGGGCGAGGGGCAGGAGGCGGAUGGCGGCGCUCUCAGGUGCCAGGCGGACGCCGCCAGGCUACAGUGCCAAUCCACCGGAGGAGGCGGAGGGUUUCUGGAGGGGUUGUUUGGAUGUCUGCGUCCUGUCUGGACUAUGAUUGGCAAAGCGUACUCCACAGAGCACAAACACAACCUGGAUGAGGCGUGGGAGGUCCCAUUCGAGGAGAUAUCCGACCUGCAGUGGGUCGGCAGCGGAGCUCAGGGCGCCGUCUUCCUGGGCAAACUGCACGGACAGGAAGUGGCUGUCAAGAAAGUGAGAAACAUCAAGGAGACUGACAUCAAGCACCUGCGCAAGCUCAAACACCCCAACAUCAUCACCUUCAGAGGUAUUUGUACCCAGGCUCCAUGUUACUGCAUCCUCAUGGAGUACUGUGCUCAGGGACAGCUGUACGAGGUGCUGAGAGCAGGCAGGAAGAUCACUCCCUCCCUGCUCAUGGACUGGGCCAUGGGGAUCGCCGGGGGCAUGAACUAUCUUCACCUCCACAAGAUCAUCCACAGAGACCUCAAGUCACCAAACAUGCUGAUCACCUAUGACGACUCAGUGAAGAUCUCUGACUUCGGCACGUCCAAAGAGCUCAGCGACAAGAGCACCAAGAUGUCCUUCGCUGGGACGGUGGCCUGGAUGGCCCCCGAGGUCAUCCGCAACGAGCCCGUCUCGGAGAAGGUGGAUAUUUGGUCGUUCGGCGUGGUGCUGUGGGAGAUGCUGACCGGAGAGGUGCCCUACAAGGAUGUGGACUCAUCCGCCAUCAUCUGGGGGGUGGGCAACAACAGUCUGCAGCUGCCUGUGCCUGAUAGCUGUCCAGACAGCUUCAAGCUGCUCCUGCGGCAAUGCUGGAACUGCAAGCCAAGAAACAGGCCGUCUUUCCGACAGAUCCUCCUGCACCUGGACAUCGCCUCAGCAGAUAUUUUAUCUACUCCACAGGAAACAUACUUCCAGUCUCAGGUGGAGUGGAGAGACGAGGUGAGGCACCACUUUGAGCAGAUCAAAUCCGAGGGGACGUGUAUCCACCGGCUGGACGAGGAGCUGAUCAAACGACGCAGAGAAGAACUGAGACAUGCACUGGACAUCCGGGAGCACUAUGAGAGGAAGCUGGAGAGAGCCAACAAUCUCUACAUGGAGCUUAAUGCCAUCAUGCUGCAGCUGGAAAUCAAAGAGAAAGAACUGCUCAAGAGGGAGCAUUCGCUGGAUAAGAAGUACCCGGGCUGCUUCAAGCACCCCAGCUCCAGACAGUCAGCCUCCUCCAACUCCAUGGAGAAACUGAUGAAGAGACGCAACGUACCUCAGAAACUGCCCUCGCACAGCAAGAGGCCAGACUUGCUAAAGUCAGAGGUCAUCCUCCCAAAACUGGACUCAUCCAUGACCCAGGUCACGAUACCCAACAAAGGCUCUACCUCCCCUGGCCGCUCACGCAGAGGAAAGCCCCGCUACAGGAAGGCUGGAAAAGGCAGCAGUGGGGAUUUGGCUCAGCUGAAAGCCACCCUCUCAUCGUCUUUAGCAAUGGUCAAUGUCACGUCAUCCGUUCCCAGCAGCAAGCACCAUCUAGACCCCAGUGCGGCCCUCAGGGGCCUGCAGCAUGACCUGCUGCUCAAGAAGAUGUCCUCCUCAAGCCCCGACCUCAUCUCAACCACCCUGGAGGCUGAGUGCCGGAGGAAGGGGCAGGUGAGGCCCGGGCUGGACAGAGUGGGCAGCCAGAGCGCCUCAGCCGGUCUGGGGGAGAGCAGAAGGACUGAUGGGGCAGAGGAGGGGCCGAAUGUAGGUGUAGGGCCCGACGACCUGGCGCAAACACCUCCGCGAAGUGACACGCCCAGCGAAGAUGCAGCUUCUAUUCCGUUCUCCAGCAGCCCCGACUCGCCGUGCGGCCGGGGAGCAGCCGCGGGGAGGACGUCUGUACUCGGGAGCCCCCGCGUUCCCCACGACAGCGAGGAGAAGGAGGAUGGGACGGUGAUCACGCGCUCGCCCAGGAGUCAGCGGCUUACGCCUGCAGCGCUGCUCUACAGGGCAGCAGUGACACGCAGUCAGAGACGUGGCGUGUCGUCAGAGGAAGAAGAAGGAGAAGUGGACAGUGAGGUGGAGCUGCCAAGAAGACGGCGUCCCGUGAGCAUGACCAAAUGCCAGUCCCUGUCCACGUUCAGCUCGGAGAACUUGUCGGUGUCGGACGGCGAGGAGGGAAACACCAGUGACCACUCCCACAGCGGUACGCCGGACGUAGUCAGCACCAAUACCGACGAGCGUCUGGACGACAAGAGCGAUGACCUGCUGUCUCAGGGCUCAGAGAUUCCCGCCGACCCGUCUGACCCAACCCAGCUGGGCACCGACGGGCUGUCUGAGAAGGAAGCCAUACUACGACAAGUCAAGACCCAGCUCGCCUCAAACGACCAUAACUUUGAGGGUCUGUACGACGACUCCGACUGUGACAGCGCAGAGCUGGACCACUCAGGCAGCGCCGAGCCCAGCCAACCUCCAGCCAACUGGUGAGGAAGGACCCAACACCUCCGCCCUGCUCAUCAGACUCAGGCAGGUCUGACCUCUGAAGGCCUCGAUCGCCCCCUCACUUAGAGAACGCUUGAGUCGGGAUCAGGGACACCGCAGAGAGUCGGGAGGUGAGGAUUCGUCCACGAGCCGCAACUCAGAACAAAUCUACUGGAAAAAUGUGUGAGUGAGAUCAAAACCCUCUGAGACACUGGAAACUGAAACAUGCACGUUCUGUUUGAGAUUAAUGCACCGCAGGGACGUGAAAGUGAAUCGGGGCAGUAGUGGAGCUGACGGAGCAGCUGCCUCCUCUGUUCUGACACCUCAGCGACGGGGGCCUCAGUCAAAAGAGGCCGUCGACAUCAACCACAGCCACCAUCGUCUCUUCUCAUCUUCCACGUUAAUUUGUAUUUCUGUCUCCGUUAUGAAAACAGGCGUCAUAUCACAACACGUUUAUGAAACCCCUACCAGGGCUUCUGUUAUAUUCUACCGUUACUUGACGUCCACUGAUGUUGCAACUUGCACUUAAUUUAUGAAAUGUUCCGUGGUCCUCGUGUCACAUCCUCUCAUAACGUUAUAUGCACUGACUAAUUUAUUCUUCAUUUACAGUGAAUCCAUUUACUUUUUGUUUUUUCUUAAAAAGGAGAAGUUUACAUUUUUCCAUGUGUUGUUUACAUUCUUUUUUUUAUUUCUUUUAUAUUUGUAACUCGGAUUAUGUUGCCAUUUUCUACUCUUGCAGUUUAAUAUGGAUGUAAAUAUGUGACUCUGUACAAUGAACAAAUUUUUAAAAACGUGAGAUUGUAUAAUUUAAAGGUGCUGAUGUUUCUAAUUAGGUGGAGCUAUACUCUAUUGGAACCUCAAGAAGCUUAUGGUAGUAGAAUGUACUGUAGCUGCUGUUCAUGUCCGAGCAUCGAAUCACAGGAGAAAAGAGGAGGAACGUGCGAACGAGGGAAAGGAAAAAGCAAUAUGUCUGCUCUGACACAGUAUGUCCGUACCACAUGUGGGAUCACUCAGGGCAGACAGGCUUUUUAUACUAGUAUUGCAGUGUUUUAUUGUAUUAAAACACAAGAAAUGUGUUUUAAUGCGUGUAUGUAUCAUCGAAAAAGGCACGCUUGUGAAAAGCGCAUUGGAUAUUUAGGAAUCAGUCACUGUUUGUUAGGAAAAUGAAAAAUUAGACCUGUCCACAGAGGAAAAAAACAACUUGAUUCAUGGCAGGUAUUUAAAGACAAGUGUAAAUGACUGAAGGCAUUUGGAUGACGGGGAUACAAAAACCUCAGAAUGACUGAAAACACAUUAUUACACUCGCUCGUUCACUGUUUUUCGAUCGAGGAGCUGGUGUCAUGUGGGGAAAUGUAACAAUGUGGCUCAUUUUCACUGUGGGUUUUAACGUUUUAUUCCAUAAAUAUGAGCGAAUUGGUAAAUGUUCUCCCGUAAAAUCUGUGUACACCUAAAAAUGACCUGUGACCCCACUAUUUAUCCCUUUAUUUCUUGCCUACCUCUAACAUAGGAGAUGACCACACAAGCCCAGAGUGUGGUUCAUCAGUUUAGAGAAAGACCAGUCCUCCUUCAUAGUAACUAGUAUCAUAUAACUGUGGUUCUGGUGUACUUGUGUCCCCUGACAGGCCUUCUUAAUGUGGAUUUGAUUCAAUCUGACUGUACAACAGCACAUGACAUCCUGUUCCACUAAUCUACGACUGAUCAGGUCAAAAUCAAUAAGCUAGAAAUGGCAGCUUCUGUUUAUUUUCCUGGUGUUUUUAAACUAAAUGAUCCCCAACGUUCAAAGCUGGGGGGAAAAAAUCCUUGUGCAGGAGAAUGUUGCCAAAAAGCAAAACUACUGCCCUCUAGUGUCUCAUUUCCCCCCCGAUGCUGAUUGAAACAACCCGGUAUGAACUGAAACGUUUGCUUUUUAUACUGCAUUAUUGUAACUGUACAAUAAAUAUAUUUAAGAAACGAUUUAAAAUAAAAUCAAGCCUGUAAAAACUCAA